AUGGCCAGCACCGUAGGAAAGGCUGCCAUUGCCUGGGCUGCCGGUGAGCCUCUGUCCGUCGAGGAUGUCGAGGUCGCUCCCCCCAAGGCCCAUGAGGUCCGCAUUCAGAUUCACCACACUGGUGUCUGCCACACCGAUGCCUACACUCUGUCCGGCAAGGACCCCGAGGGUGCUUUCCCCAUCGUCCUGGGUCACGAGGGUGCCGGUAUCGUCGAGUCGGUCGGCGAGGGUGUGACCUCUGUCAAGCCCGGCGACUACGUGAUCGCCCUCUACACCCCCGAAUGCCGUGAGUGCAAGUUCUGCAAGUCUGGCAAGACCAACCUCUGCGGCAAGAUCCGUGCUACCCAGGGUCGGGGUGUCAUGCCCGACGGUACCUCCCGCUUCAAGGCCCGCGGCAAGGAUAUCCUGCACUUCAUGGGUACCUCGACUUUCUCCCAGUACACCGUCGUCGCCGACAUCUCCGUCGUCGCGGUGACCCCCGAGAUCUCCACUGACCGCGCUUGUCUGCUGGGUUGUGGUAUCACCACCGGUUACGGUGCGGCCGUUGAGACCGCCAAGGUCGAGGAGGGUUCCAAUGUGGCUGUCUUCGGCGUCGGCUGUGUCGGUCUGUCCGUCGUGCAGGGUGCUGUCAAGAACAAGGCCGGCAUGAUCAUUGCUGUUGAUGUGAACGAUGGCAAGGAGGCUUGGGCUCGCAAGUUUGGUGCUACCCACUUUGUCAACCCUACCAAGCUCCAGGGCAAGACUAUCCAGGAGCACCUGAUUGAGAUGACGGAUGGUGGCUGCGACUACACCUUUGACUGCACUGGUAACGUCGGUGUUAUGCGUGCUGCUCUCGAGGCCUGCCACAAGGGUUGGGGUCAGAGCAUUGUUAUUGGUGUUGCUGCCGCUGGCCAGGAGAUUUCCACUCGGCCAUUCCAAUUGGUCACCGGCCGUGUGUGGAAGGGAUGUGCCUUUGGUGGUAUCAAGGGUCGUACCCAGUUGCCCGGUCUUGUGGAUGACUACCUGAACGGCAACCUCAAGGUGGACGAGUUCAUCACCCACCGGGAGCCUCUGUCAGCCAUCAACACUGCCUUUGAGCAGAUGAAGGCGGGAGACUGCGUUCGCUGCGUGGUGGAUAUGAAAUAG